AUGACUUCUCGCAUUCACGAAGACGAGGCAUCCUUCCAAGCGCCUAUCCCGCCAACUAGACAAGAAAAACCUCGCGCUCGAAUGACGCUCGAGGGUCAUGAAGAAUGGGUAUACAGUGUAGCUGUCAUCCCUGGUACCCGUCUCCUCGUCACUGCCUCGCAUGACAAAAGUCUUCGGCUGUGGGAUUCAGAGAAGGGGCAACAGGUUGGGAAGCCCUUGUUGGGUCACGACGACGGAGUCUGGACGGUUGCAGCGUCCCCUGAUGGGCGCUGGAUUGUGAGCGGGGGGUGGGACGGAAGCAUCUUUGUCUGGGAAGUGGAGACAAAGAAAUGCGUGCCCGUCUCGUUCAAGGGGCAUGAGGAGAACGUUUCGGGCAUCGUAUUUUCACCGGACAGCGAGACGUUUGCAAGUGCUUCAGACGACAAAACGAUACGUGUGUGGCUGAGGAAGACAGGAAAAACAGUCCUCGGACCAUUCCACGUGGGCACUACUGCGUGGUCGGUGUCAUACUCCCCCGAUGGGAGUAGACUUGCAGCUGGAACUGGGGAGCAUAUCAUCGUCUGGAAAGUAUCGAACGGAGAAGAGCUCCUCAAGAUAGAACAGCAGGCAGUGGGGAUCGCGUUCACUCCAGAUGGCCUCCGUCUGGUCAGUGGAAACAUUCAUGAUAUCCGAAUCUCAGAUGCUGCGACCGGAGACAUCAUCAAACAGUUCGAGGCGCACACUGACCUCAUCCAAUCACUGGCCAUUGCUCCCGAUGGCACCAAAGUUGCCAGCACGUCAGCCGACAGCACGACGCGGUUCUUUGACCUGACUACGUUCGAAGCUAUCGGCGAGCCAUUGGAGCACCCUGACGUCGUGUACUGCGUGGCUUUUUCCGACGAUAGUCAGUUUAUCGUGACUGGCUGUCACGACAACCUUGCUCGUGUAUGGACGGUUCCUCAGAGCGAUUCAGAGGAGUCAAAACAGCCACCACACAAGGAUGACCGCCGCCGCGCUGGUCCAUCCAUACUAAUUGAGACCGUCCCGCGUUCAAAGUCGCGCGCUGGACUCCCGCGCGGGUUCUUUGAUGAUGUCGAAAGAACUUAUCCUCCCCGCCGAUCCGCGUAUGGAGGUUCACAGGAUACCGCACGGCACUCGCGCAUCAAGGACCUCGUUAAUCGUCUCCCGUUUCGCAGGCAGUCACAGCAAGCACGGCCAGAAGAGGAACGUCUACACCACUCGAACGGAGUCAAGCAGUUCCUGCAGCAGCACCUUUCCUUCCGUAGGUCAAAGCCCAGCCAAGAAGGGCCACCAGUCGUUGAAGUCGCAGCCGGACGCAAAUUCACUGUAACGUGGUUCUUCUCACCCCUCAUAUCACAUCUAAUUGAUGCCCUACAGCGUCUUGCUGCUGCCAAUUUGCCGGAAUACAAGAAAGUCGAUGACACCCGACAUCCGCCUAAAGAGCACCCUGGCGCGACACAGAGCACGACGGCAAACGACCCGUCGCACGAGUCGUCUGACAUUGAUUCGCUCCCAGACGUGCAUUGGUGCAAGGCGUUCUUGUGCUACUACUCGUGCUGGUCUCAUGGCAGACUGAGGAUGCCUCCGCGAUGGCGCUUGGAGCGCGUCGACCUACACCGCCAGGAUCCAAAGACGAGUAGCAGUUAG